GACUUCACCAAUCUGUCUGGAGUGAAAGCAGACUGCCGGCCCAUCCUCAAGUUUCACUACACGCUUGGACAUCACACACAUGCACACAAUGAUCCCUGUCUUUGAACUGCAAACACUUUAUUUCAUGCAGUGGAUUUGAGUAACCACGGAUUCUUGCUCCAUAUGAGGAAGAAAGUAAGUAGCAGAAUUUAUUAAUUCCUGUUUUCUUUUACACAGUUUUUUUUUUAUUGUCUUUUAUUCAAGAGUGCAGACUAAUGUAAACAAUCAAGCUAUGGUCAUUUGCUGUAGUUUAAUUUGCUGUUGUUGUGCCUUUUUAAAGGAAAAUGUUUGUGCAUAUUAUUGUGCCUGCACAGCUGUAGUUUUUUUUUUUUUGUCAGCUGUUGUGAUGUCAGAUAAAUCCCACUGUGUGUCAACUUUUCUAUUUAGCUGAUUAAGGAUUUCAACCUUUCAUCCACAGACACUAACUGUUUUCUGUCAUUAGUUAUUAAUGCGACAAUUAAGUUAUGUUCAUAUAGUAUUUAAUUAUGAAGUUUAGUAUAGAACAAAUAGUGCCUUUUAAGGUAGAAUACUUCCUGUUAGAGAGGCUUUAUCAUUACGUUAAGUGGUGUUGUAGCGCGUUGAGAGCCCUGCAGUAAUUGCUCCAUAUAGUGCUGGUGUUGCAUCCUUUUAAAGGGGGAGUGGAGUGAAAGGAUACAUAGAUGCUGUUUGCUUCCACUCAAUAUAUUGAACAGGGAUUCAGCAUGUGUUCUCCCAGAAGCCCAACUGUGCCUCCACUUUAUCCUCCUCAUAAACAAUAAUUGAUGAGGAUGGCUCGUUUGAAACACAUACAUGCCCAUUAAAUGACGACUUUGAAGUCUAUUUGUAUGAGAUUUAAGCUUAGUCUAUUUUUCUAUCUCAAAUUUUGUCCAAUAAAUGUUGCAAAUGUUUGAGGAUUUUGCACUUCUGCGCGUUAUGUUAAGUUUAAGUGCUGCAGCGGUUCUUUAAAGGAGAUAAAACUAUGAAAAAGCCUCUGUAAUGUAAAUAGUCACAGUCACAGGACAUUAUCAGGACAGCUGAUAAUACUGUGAAUUGAAAGUGGCUUUCAAAAACUGGCUUUAGUCCAUGAUGUCUACAGUUUGAUUUUGUCUCACUAAUAGUCAAAUACCUAAUGAUAUUUAACCUUCCUCCUGUGUUAGCUUUGACUACGCACCCACCAUGUUAAGGGUCGGUUUGACCCGUGUCUUAAAUCAGCUGCAUAUUACACUCAAAACAUUUCUCUUUCAUCCAAGUUGGUUCUCGUAUCUAGGUUAGGCUUCAUUAUCCAUGAAAAUAUUGCUUAUAAUAUCUUUUGUUGUGGUCCUCUGGGCCAUUCUUUAUCAAUAUACCCCUCACACAGUCAUCUAUACUGAAUUGAUCUCACCUAUCUGGACAUGCCCGAUGUUUUUUGUGCAGAGAAAAACAUGGAAAAAUGAGAAUUUGAAAUGAUUAGAAGAGGAUCUGACUGUCAGUGGGGUGCCUGACAGUGCACUUAGGAUUUUAGUUUUUGCUCUAAUUAUCAGAUAUUGAUCUAACCGGGUCAACAGCAACCCUAACAUGAAAAGUGUCAAAAUUUUAAUAAGAGCACUUUUAUAAUUUGGUCAAUUUAUUUUUUAAUUUAUUGAAAUAGAGGUUCCUGACAAAGUCAGAAAGUCUUGAUGCAAAAAAAUCUAAUUUAAGUGGUUCUUUGAAGCAUUUAAAAUCAAAAAAAGGUCGGUGCAAACCCUAACACAGGAGGAGGGUUAAUAAGUGCAGCAUGGACAAGAAAAAAAGAAACAUUCUGUUUAGAGAAGCCAGUCACAAGGUGCAAUAUCAAACAUUGAAAGAGACUCAAAAUAGUGAAGACAGAAACCACACGCAAGUCUUUAUAAACAAGAGGAAAAGGCUGUAAUUCUGAUAUGUGUAGGAGUUAUGUUGUUUUCCUUCAUUAUUCACUUCUGUUUGUAUGCAUAUUUUAGCAGUUUUGAGAUGCAUUUUAUAAUGUGUUUUAACUGCACCCAGGCUGAUAGUACCAGCAUCUUCAAUGUUGUCUAUCUGUCUCUAUUUUGCACACCAAGUCAUGCACAUAAAAAAGAUAAAUAAGAAAAAAAUAUGCAGGAAACAAAAGUCUUUAUUCAGCUACAUGCAUGUUUCAGUGGGCAUGAGGAAAACCACAACUUCCUGCCAUCAGGAACUGUGGACUGUGAAAGUCAGUUGGUUUGAUUUUUCCGGAAUGAAUGCAAACUGUGUUCAUAGAAAUCAACAUGCGCGUUAGCGCUUUUAUACAAAAUGAUGCAGGUGAUAUCAAACAUAAAAUGUUGACCUUUUUUCUGUCCAUCAGAUCUUGAAAGCACCUUGUGUCCUCUUGAGUCUCCUCACAAGUCUAAAUCUCUGCUGUGGAAAAUUUGGGACACCGAUUACUGAUGAUGUGAGCAACCUGUCGUUAUUGGUAAGAUUGAGAGACAGCCGGCUGUUUUACCUAUUUUUGACUGGUUUCCUAGCAUGAAGUCUUUUUAUGUGUCUUCUCUCACCCCCCAUGUGGUGUGUCUUAAAUCUUUCUGUCAUUUUCUUUAUUGCAGAAGCAGAAUAUCCCCUCCGAUUAUGAGAUUCCUGUUAGUUACAUCCCCAAAGACGUGGUACGUAUGAAAAAGUCAAACAGGAAACAAACAUUAUGUGUGGGUCUUUAUGCAAAUGAGAGAAUUAUGACAAAGUGAGCAGAACCUGGACAUGAAACAGAGGAGUCUUGUAGGACAGGAUAUUACUUUUCUCUUCCAACAAUGGGGCCCGUUUUAUCCAAUUUCUAAUGCUAACAGAAAUGAGAAUUUUGCCACAGCGUCAUCAGGUAGAGAGAAAAUGUACCUGGCACUUUGAGGCAGGUUUGUUUAAUAUGGUGUGUGAUCGGCUUGUUCUGUUGACUUUUAACCCCAAUUGUUUCGGGCUUCAGACCAUUCUGAAUCAAGUUUUAGACAUUGCUUGUUCGUGAUGUGAAGUCUUUUCAUUUCACCUGUAUGUCCAGGCUGGCAUGUGCUGGGUGGUGUUAAACAUUUACCCUUUGGAGCAAAGUCUUCGAAAGCUGGCCAACAUGUUUGGUGCCAUCUCCUCCAACAAAGAAAAUAUCAUCGUCUUCAUCGCCAUGAUAAAGAGUUUACGCUUCACUUUUGACCAUGAAGAACUGGUAAGUCACCCGCAGUUUAGGAAACUAUGAAUGCUACAUUUUUACAAACAGUAGUUUCCUCAUUAAAGCGGGCUUUGCAGUGUGAGGAAAAAACUGCAGCCUGGAUGUUUGAAUGCACACUGCAGCUCAGUUUCAGUGAAAAGCAUGCAGCAGUUAAGAUAUUUAGGGCCUGUUUUGCACAUGAAAUGCAUCAUUAUGUCAUUUUAGUUUUGCUUGUUUGUUGUUUGAUCUCCCAGGAAACUGCGAUGCAAGUCUUCCAGUGUCACUACAGAGAGGGGAGCUUAAUGUCUGGUCUUUAUUUUGACUACAUCAAAGACGUCUUAAACACCGCUGCUCAAGGAACAACCAGCUUCUCUUGCAAGCCGCCACCAUGCCUUAAUCCACAGUCAAAACCAGGUUUGUCAUUCAUUUUAAUAUCUAACGGUUGUCUGCACAGCCAAAGACGCUUUGAUGCCUGGUUGUGAGUGGGUAUUGAUUUGGGGUGAGGAUAUGUAACCUUGAACACGCAGCCAAUACAGGUAAUUAAAGGACUUAUAUGAUCAAAAGCUGCAUUAAAAGCCUUGUGCAGCUUUGUCGGUGUUGAUUCCUCUUUCCAUUUCAGAAGAGAAGUAUCUACUCUUAAACUAAGCUAGAAUUCCCUAGUUCAAUAAAUAUCAAGAGUAUUAGCUAAGCAGGUAUUAAAUUUCUAUGGUGUAACUGUAGUCAGGAAAAUCUCCAAUAAUGUUUCCGUCUUCCAGGCGGUCAGGAGAGGGGUCGCGAUUACAGCUGGUGGAAGAGAGCUCCUUUGCUUCUGGCUCUUAUCCCCUUCACAGCUUGUGUUGUGAUGUUAGUGUGGCUGGUAAGUAAUUGGACCGACUCAAUAAAGAUUUUGCCAUUUUUAAUUGGUCUUUAGUAAGCCACACAGAUGGGGAACAAAGACACAUCGAGUUAUAUUUAUAACACAGAGAAGAGGUGGACUGACAGCCUUGACAUCAUGGCUUGGUUUGUGGAGUGAUGCUUUAAAGCCUCAAGUUUGGCGUGUUUGCUGUCCCCACCUGUCUUUUUGAGAGCUGUUAAUCAGACAUCAGGUUGGAUACAUAUUAACCCUCCACUGGGCUAACCAAUCGCCAUGGCACCUACUUUUUAAUCCCGCAGUCACUACACCUCAAAACAUGCCCAAAUCUAACAGUAUUAUUUUGAAAGAGUCUGUACUUUCGAUGAACGCUGUGAUGUAUCAAGAAGAAGAAACCUUAAAACAGGGAAUUGUGAACAUAGACGCACUUUCAUUAAGAGGAGGUUCAUUUUUCAUCUGGUUUAAUAUGGGUGGACUGAGCAGAUAUAAAGGUAGUCAGUUUUUUAAUAAAGCUUUUCCCUCUACAAGAUUACAGGUUAUAACUGAUCCUUAAUUUUUCAAACAGAACUCCAGUCUUGGAAAACUGUAUCUGACUAUUCUCACACAUGGUGGUGGACUUUCAUUUUAGCUGUUGCCAAUCCUGUCAGGUACAUUCGUAAAAAAAUUAUAAUAAAAGUAUUGUCUUAGAAUAACCAAACUUCUCUCUGAUGGUCUGGAUUGCUGUGUUUGGUCAUAAAAAGUCCUCAGUUUUACCUUCAGUCAGUUUCAUAACCAGUUUAUGAAACUCUAGUAGGUUGUACUCCCUGUAGGGGAGCCAAGUUCUUGCUCUAUUCAGGCAAAUAUUGCAUGGUGAAAGGUCUACUUUUAAUAACACAAUUUUAGCACAGUGUUUGUGUUGUCUGCCUCUUUAAGACUGAAAACUCAAUUAGGAGCUCUUUCACAAUUAUCUGUUCAGAGAGGAUGUAAACAGGCUCUAUAUAAACCAACAUUAAGUGGCUCAAGUGGUUUUGUAAUAUUAUAGGAAAAGUGCCGUCAUUACAAAAACCUCCCUUUGGUGGGGAUUUCUUCAUCAACUGCAUGUCCGUUUGGUCUCUGUUGGGUUGGUCUAAUUCAGGAUAAUGCUUUCAUUUUCAUGAGCACUUCCAGGAAGGCAAUUCUUGUAAAGUUAACAACCGCUCAUCAAAUAUUCAGUAGUACUUUGAGGCCCAGUUACUACCUAUGUAAUCAUUUCCGGUGGUAGAUAUAUCAUCUGUCAUUAGCUCAUCACUGAAAACAGAUUAAAAGAGCAUUGUUCAUGCUACCAGUGUGAUUCUCUAACUUUCUCUUUUGAUUCCAGGUCAAAUCUGGAAGGCACAGACCAGUGUGCCACACUGAAAAUAGCCCAAUGGCACCUUCUGACACAAUCCCAAGUGUGUCUAUCUCCAUCCCACUUCAAACACUCACCCACGCUGCUGACACUCAGCCAGUGGGGGAGGCCAUCCCUGAACACGAGAGUGGAUGAGGCAUGAUAAAUGGCAAGGAGAAAUCUCUAACGGAGCAGUGUUAACAAUCCGCAGGUUGUUCAGGAUGCCGCUGGAGAGACAAGUGUGGUCUGACACUCUUCUUCUGCUUUCUGAACUAAGUGCAAGAGAAAAAUCAUCUGCUGAGAGGGCAGGUGCAUCGCCAAAUUCUGCUAGCACUUAGCCAUCUGAAGAGUUUCUGGGGGACCAGAGGAAGAACUAUGACAUAAUGGCUGUCUAUUGACCAGAGUGGCUGAGGGAAUACAUGAAUGGUCUCAUCUUGGCCAAAUUCAUUUUUUCAGUCCUGUGUCUGUUAAUUGUUGUGAUUCAGAGUGUUGUUGUGCUUGAAUUUUAGUGUUUAUAAAACUUUUACAAGCGCCUCAAAAGAAAAUAGAUGCUGUCUGAGGAUGUUUCAUUUCUGAUGAAACCCCGUUUACCAAUUUGUCAGCUUAGUCAUGGCUGCUGGAGAGGAUGUCCUUUAACACAAAUGCAGACAAGUGUAUUUCUAUCAGUUUCUAGCCUUAAGCUACACAGCAAAAAUGCUUCAGAGUAAGAGGCUCAUUGAAGGCGCAACAUUUUCUGCUCUGCUCUCUGCCUUGGACUUGUUGUUGAGAUUAUUCUGAUCUGUGAUCUGUCACAAACUAAGAACCUGAUAGUCAUAAACAACAUGCUGAGCAGUUGAACAAGCGACCUACUUUGUGUAUCAAAGAUCUGACCAGAUGGCAGAUAGCCAUGGCCAGAGGCACUUUGAAUCCCCUCAUUGUAUUUCAAAGCUGUUGCCCAGUGAUCUAUAGCUGCUGCUCAGGCCACAGUGAGUGUGUUGGAGUUUUUCAUGCCUCUUCCACUGAGUCAAUCAUGUUCAGUCAUAAGAACAUGACUCCCCGAGAGUGAGCGCUCUCGCGCUGGAUGUGUCAGAGGGAGGGAGCAAGAGACAGGGACAGACAGGAUGAGGGAAAGUGAGGGAGAUAGGGAAGGAUAGAUGGAUGGAGGGAUGAGCUCAGUUAGGAGUAUAAGAGAGUCUUGUUCUUGUCACAAAAGGACUGGCCGUAGGCUGGAGGAAAUACCAGAUACAAACACGACUGAUGUCGGCAGAUCCUAUGAAUCAACAGGCAAAGAAUCUUUCCAGACCGCAGGCUAUGCUAGCCUUAUCUGCAGAGGAUUGUUAGUAUUUCAAAAACAGUUCCAAUGAUUUACUUCCAAAACACAUCAUCCAAAUAUGGAAAAAAUAUACGUGUUUUAUAAUGUUUACUGUUGGAGAAAAGAUCUCCAACUUUUGUGUGUUAUUGUCUUUCUAGUGACCAAUUUGUACAAAUGUAAUAUUUGUAUUUUGUGUUGUAUUGUUUAUUGAAAUAUUUAAGUUAUUUACAAGAUAAACCACUUACAAAUUAACUUUUUUACAACUGCAUUGCUCAAAUGAAUGAAAGCAGUUAAACUAUGAAUGUACAUUGAGGAUUUAAUUUUGUCAUAGAAAACCUGCUGUUGCAGAAACCCAACUGUCACUGCAAAACGUGUAUGGUUGGAUGUUGCAUGAAGUUACACCUUAGUUAUCUUAUAAAAUCACAUUUACAAGUGCUGUGUCAAAUGAGUCACAUGGGGCUGAUUGAUUCAAAUGGAUUCCCUCUGACCAAUUUUAUAACAGAUUUUAAUGACCAUGUGGUCAAUGUCUUUUAUGAAAUAUUGACAUUGUUUUGUUUGGUCCCUGGAAAUAGACCAUGAGAAAAAUCACUGUCAAUAUUACAGUAUGUAAAUCUUGGGAAUACUUGUCUGUGAUAAAAAAAUAUGUAGUUGUACUUUUUAGUGUUGGUGAAAAUGAGAAAUAGUGUGAAUAUAUCUUUGAGAUCUUUUCAAUAAAAGGGAAGAAUUAUUGUAUAUUCAUUUAAUUUCAAAAGGAUGUAAAGUUUUCAUAACAUGCACAAAAAGGGAAUUCAAAAAUAGCACAGAUACUUUAUUCUUUAAAUGUCUAACAUAGGGAUCUGAAAGGGGAUUGAAUAUUUCUGUAAAACACUGUCAAGUCACAAUUUCAGGCCUCUUUAUGUAAAGACAUAAUUCAUUGCCAGUGUCUGGGUCCUUUUGCCCAUUUAUAUGGUAAUUUAAUGCACAAUAAAUUGGAAAACUUUAACAAAAA